AUGGCAACAUCAAAGAAUCAGGGAUCCUCCUCGCUUAAAUAUGACAUUGUUAAUGUAGUUUCACUGUGGAACAUCGGUCCAAUACAAAUUAAUGUGGAUAAUUCAAAGAGAAAGAAACGGUUCAAUGCAGAGGUUGUAAGAAGAAAGGAAGGUGUCUUCUUAGUCUUUGCAUCGGGAAAAGUGACAGCCACAGGAUUCAAGAACAUAAACGGAGCUGGUUCAUGUUUACAAGAGAUAUACCCUGAGAGGUCUGUUGUUUUCGUUAAGGUUGUUAACAUCACAGCCCACAGUUUUCUUCCCUAUUCAUUUGACACCCAUGCCAUGAUAGCCAAUUAUCAAGAUACAACAUAUGAGCCUGAGAUUUAUCCAGCGGUAUACAUCAAAACGGAGAUGGUGACAUUAAUUUAUUACACCACUGGUUCAGUGAUAAUAACAGGAGCCAAAGAACAAGAUGAGAUUGAUACAGCGUUAACUAUGUUUGUAAAUCGAACGUCAUUGACCCGCAUUUAA